AUGCACAACAUCCUCAUCCAGUCCCUCCUCGCCUUGGCGAUGUUCGUCACCACGGCGGCCGCCGGGCUGGUCCCGUUGAAGCUAUUCCGAUGGCUUGAGGGGAAGCCGGGUGAGGCAAAGAGCGGAAACGGUGGUCGCUGGAUGUCACUUCUCUCAUGUUUUUCUGGUGGCGUCUUCAUGGCCACAUGUUUUCUCGAUAUUGUCCCGCAUAUUGGCGAAAACUACAGCGCGCUCCUCGAGGCGACAAAAUGGGAGCCGGCGCUCCCGUUGCCCCAAUUUUUCACGUGCAUCGGUUUCUUCCUCGUCUACUUCAUCGAGCAGCUGUGUAUGAGGAUAUUCGCCAUGAAAGGCCACGGCCAUUCCCAUGGCGCCCUUCCGCAUCAAGACGAAAUUACGCCCCCGACUCAGUCGAAAAAUGGCAAAAACAACGAUCGCCGUCAUUUGUCGGAGUCCGGAAAUGGGAAUGUCAUGUCUGAGCAUGAGGGCCGGGCGAUGCUUGAUGAUCGACCGCUGAAGCACCACCGCUCCCACCAAUCCCUCCAUGAGCUAGUUAUGGAGGAAUCGGUCCGCUACGCAACCUCAGCCGAUGAGGAGGGCUCAUUCCUGAAAUCACUUACUUUUGCUAUCGCCAUGUCUUUCCAUUCGAUUCUCGAGGGUUUUGCACUUGGCGUGCAGGACACUCCGACGCGUAUCGUCUCCCUUUUCCUCUCGCUCUUCAUCCACAAAGGCAUCGAGGCAUUCAGCGUCGGGUUGCAGAUAGUCAAGGGCAAUCGGACGCGCGUAAAGGUGGUCAUCUGCACGGUGUUCAUCUACGCGCUCAUGACACCGAUUGGCAGCGCGCUUGGCACGUGGCUAGAGGCGGCCAACAUCGAUCCUAUCCAUAAAGAGUCUGCCGUUGUCGUCCUUGAAAGCUUAGCCGCUGGCACGUUCAUCUAUGUCACUUUUCUAGAGGUGCUGGCCUCCGAAAAAGAAAACGAGCACGACUCGCUGCUCCAAUUGCUGGCCAUCUUCCUCGGCUUUGUCCUUAUUACGGUGUUACAGGUUGUGAUGGGCCACGGCCACGGUGGUGAAGAAGGGCAU